AGUGUGAAACCGCGUGAGAAAGUUGCCAUAGAGGUAGAGCGAGGCUUGACGCUGCUUUUGCGCUGAAGAGGCGGUUGUUAUUAUCAAAACUAACUCGAUUUUUCCAUUGACAAACAUCUUAUAUGGUCUGCUCUCUUUAUCCCCGUUUGACUUCGAAUCAGCAUUUCGUCGGAUUCUACGCAAAAUAGUAAUUUCCUCAAGCUACGGCGGCAGUUAAGGGGGAACUCUUCAUCGCAAUUAACAUCUGUGGAUUUGUUCCUGUUUCUACGCCGACCGCGUUGUGGUGGAGUGGCAACUUCUUCAACUGGAGUUUAUAGCGCUCUAUUCGGGAUUUAGCUACGUGGAUCGUACCGUCCCCGUCCUGUAGCAUAUUCCCGAGGAAAGCUUUAGAGGGAUUCUCUUUUUCACCUGUUUUUGGUUUUCCUCGUCUAAUUAUCUGCUUCCCGUGUUUUUUUUCUGGUUGAUUUACGGUUGUAUGCUGGCUCGAGCGCAGAGACGGGAACUGAGAUUGUAUCGCGCCAUCAGUCGAUUAGAGAUCUCGGAAGGGCGAGGGACGUUGUGUGGCAUUAACGGCCGUUGAACUGAGAACGAGCGAGGAUGGAUGGGUUUAUCAUCGUCUAGAGCAGCGCCUGGCCGGUCACUUGGCUAUUUUAUUCCCAGAUAGAUCAGUCAGGAAGCGGGCAUCGACGGAGCAAGAGAGGACGAUGUUUCCCCAGGGUCGGCACCCGGUAAGCUUGGUCAUGAGAAACACGCCUCAGGUCCCCGGACAGCCGUUUAAAUUUACCAUCCCAGAGUCACUGGAUCGCAUCAAAGAGGAGUUCCAGUUCCUCCAGGCCCAGUACCACAGUCUGAAGCUGGAAUGUGAGAAGCUGGCCAGUGAGAAGACUGAGAUGCACAGACAUUAUGUCAUGUACUAUGAGAUGUCAUACGGACUGAACAUAGAAAUGCACAAACAGACUGAGAUUGCCAAGAGGCUCAACACCAUCUGUGCUCAAGUCAUCCCCUUCCUCUCUCAGGAGCACCAGCAGCAGGUGGUCCAGGCGGUGGAGAGGGCAAAGCAGGUCACCAUGGCUGAACUCAACUCCAUCAUCGGGGUCCGGGGCCUGCCAGGCCUGCCUCCCAGCCAACAGCACCUGUCUCACGCACACGGUGCCCCCAUCCCCCUCACCCCCCACCCCGUCGGCCUCCACCCUGCCCAGCUGGGGGGCGGGGCUAGUCUGCUCGCCCUAUCAGGCGCCCUGGGCGGGGUUCCCGCUCACCUGGCAGCCAAAGAGGAGAAGAAGCACCAGGCGGAGGCGGAGCACCUGAGAGAGCGAGAGCCCAGCACAAGUAACUCCCUGCUCACAGACAGAAACUCGGAGAAGCGACGUAAUGGACCAGAGUUCUCCAACGACACCAAGAAACGAAAAGUAGAAGACAAAGACUCGAGCCACUACGACAGUGAUGGGGAAAAGAGUGAAGAUAACCUGGUGGUCGAUGUCUCCAAUGAGGACCCCGCCUCCCCCCACGGCACGCCCCUCCCCUCUCCCAGGGAGAACGGGCUGGACAAGACACGCCUCCUGAAGAAGGACCCCUCCUGUAGCCCCGCCUCCUCCGCCUCCUCUGCAAGCUCCUCCUCCCUCAAGUCCAAAGAGAUGGGCAUGCGUGACAAAGCAGGAACCCCUGGCUUGAAGUCGAGCACGCCCACUCCCCGAGGAGACUCCACCCCCGGACCGAGUGCCACGCCCACACUCCGGCCCAGCCUAUCGAAGCCUCCUUCCAUGGAUCUGCCACACCCCCACACUGCGGGGCUUCGGACCCCUCUGGCGGUACAAGGUCCUUACCCGGGUGCGUUUGGUAUGCUGCCCCACGCGGGCCUGAACGGGGACCUGGGUGGAGCAGGGGCAGCCUACGCUGCUGGGCUGCACAACAUGUCUCCUCAGAUGAGCGCAGCUGCUGCUGCCGCCGUCGCUGCGUAUGGACGCUCCCCAAUGGUGGGUUUCGAUCCUCAUUCUCACAUGCGAGGAAUCCCCCCCAGCUUAACAGGCAUCCCGGGAGGAAAACCGGCCUACUCCUUCCACGUGAGCGCAGACGGCCAAAUGCAGCCGGUGCCGUUCCCCCCGGACGCCUUGGUGGGUCCGGGCAUCCCUCGCCACGCCCGCCAGAUCAACACCCUGAACCACGGCGAGGUGGUGUGUGCCGUCACCAUCAGCAACCCCACGCGCCACGUCUACACCGGGGGCAAGGGCUGCGUCAAGGUCUGGGACAUCAGUCACCCUGGCAACAAGAGCCCCGUGUCCCAGCUGGACUGCCUGAACCGCGACAACUACAUCCGCUCCUGCCGCCUACUUCCUGAUGGGCGGACCCUCAUCGUGGGGGGCGAGGCCAGCACGCUGUCCAUCUGGGACCUGGCCACGCCCACGCCGCGCAUCAAGGCGGAGCUCACCUCCUCCGCCCCCGCCUGCUACGCCCUGGCCAUCAGCCCCGACUCCAAGGUCUGCUUCUCCUGCUGCUCCGACGGAAACAUCGCCGUCUGGGACCUGCACAACCAGACCCUGGUCAGGCAGUUCCAGGGCCACACUGACGGGGCCAGCUGUAUCGACAUCUCCAACGACGGCACCAAGCUGUGGACGGGGGGGCUGGAUAACACGGUGCGUUCCUGGGACCUGAGAGAGGGGAGACAGCUGCAGCAGCACGACUUCACCUCCCAGAUCUUCUCUCUGGGUUACUGUCCUACAGGAGAGUGGCUGGCGGUGGGGAUGGAGAGCAGUAAUGUGGAGGUGCUGCACGUCACCAAGCCUGACAAGUACCAGCUGCACCUGCACGAGAGCUGCGUGCUCUCCCUGCAGUUCGCCUACUGCGGUAAAUGGUUUGUGAGCACAGGCAAGGACAACUUGCUGAAUGCAUGGAGGACUCCCUAUGGUGCCAGUAUAUUCCAGUCUAAGGAGUCCUCCUCGGUGCUGAGUUGUGACAUCUCCGUCGACGACAAGUACAUUGUCACCGGCUCCGGGGACAAAAAGGCCACCGUCUAUGAGGUAAUCUACUAACGCUGACCUGAGGUCGGCCGCGGACCAACCAAAGCAGCUGUCUGCUGUGUUCCCUGCUGUGAUCAGCUGAACCGGGACCAGCACAUCACCACACACACCCCGCCCCCAGUGGAGCCCCAGUACGCGGGAGGGAUGGACGGUAAAUAAACAGACGGAUGGGUUGACUAUGGAUAGACAGACAGGUAGACAGACAGAUGGACACUCGAUAGAAAAGACGGUUGAUGGAUCAGACGGGAUGGAUGAGUUUGAAGCUUCGGGAUUGCCCGGAAGGCGGCGUUUUUAUUUUUUACAGACGAUGAAUGUUAAAACAGCCCUGUGACCUCUGACCCUGACUGUGACCUCAGCCCGUUGUCACGACGAUGACCUUUCACACCUUCCUGCUGUACCCCUCGCCCAUCCUGUUCCUCUUUUGCUUCCGAUUAGUUAUCCUUGUAUUUUUGUUAUCGGUCAAAAAUUUGUAAAAAGUGUACAUAUGUCCGUUUUUUUUUUUCUUACAGUAAAUGCUUUAGUAAUAACGAACAUGUUUGGUAUUACUUUUACAUGGGAACAAAAUCUAACCAGGAAAAAAAACACUAAAUGGUCUUAAUGAUAGAUAAUUAUUCACUUAUUUGAAAUGUCUAGACAAAUAAAUGUUCUUUUUUCUUA